AUGCUUUUGGCCAUCUACUACCUUCAGGAGGUCGGGGCUUUGAAACCUGGCCUCGGCUUCCUGAAGGCUUCGACUGAUUUUUCGGGAUCCAGCGGUGAGCUGCUGAAAGGCUUCAUGCACUUCUAUGCCAAGUUUUCAUGGAGUGAAGCCAUCUCUGUGCGUUGUGGCCGACGCUCCAGUGCCUUGCUGCCGUGCUUCGUGGAGAAUGUUGGUCGCCCUGCUAUUGAGGACCCCUUCGAGGCCGGCAGCGACCUGGCUUCGGGAAUGCCACCUGGCGAAACAGCGUGUGGGGAUGGGUGCACAGCGUGA